GGCCCAGCAGGUUUUGUGCGGUCUCCCCACUGCUCGUCCAUCUCAGCGCCACCACCGUCUGCGAACAGAGACAUAGGCAGCAAGCAGCAGCAGGAGCAACAGCCCCCGGCCAUCACGCUACCCCACAAUCCUCGCCAUUCGCGCACCCCAGCCCUCUCCCUCGACUCGGUCUGACGAUGCGAGUGCAGUAGCUGCAUAGAGCGAGACGCGCAAGAUGGGCGCCGACAGGAGCAACGGCUCCGGUUCCUCGACGACGGAAGCCGUCGCAUCCGGAUCCAACGAGAAAUCACCGCUCCUCCAACAAUCCCAGAAGGGACCAUACGACGACACGACGCGGCGAAGACGGUGGCUCUACCCGCAGCUGCUGUCCGAUGGCCUCACUGCCAUCGUGGGCGUGCUGGCGACCCCCUUUGUCUACACCGGCCACUACCUGAUUGCCUGCUUCUACUACGAGGACGGCCACUUUUCCUUUUUAGCCCCUGUGUAUCACGUUUCGCGCACCUUUACACGCCGACGCCGGAAGAAAGUAGGCGCACACGCAGCGCGAGCCUCGGCCGCUACCGGCAGCAACGAGAAGGCCAUGCGCAAAGGUCGCAGCUCGAGCAUUGCCCAGCCCAUGACCAUGCAACCCUCGCGGCGCUCCCUAUCUAUCGCAUCCACAUCCACCGCCAUGACAUCCGACUCGGAGACCGAAAGACCACCUUCGCGCGGCGGAGACUGGGACAGCCCUUCGCAACACACGCGCUCUAAGUCGAGUGCAUUAUCGCGCGCAGAUGAAAUCGCUCCCGCAAAACGGUCGAUCCGCAUUACACUACACCACAACGAGGACGUGUUGAGACAACGAAAGGCUGCAAAAAAGGCACAGUCUUCCAAAAGCAACUCCAUCUCGUCUGAGGCUGCCGCUUCGCUCAAGUCGCCCACCGGCCCGGCAACCGCAUCGUCCAAACAAUUGACCAAAUUCCCACGAGCGCCUCAGCCCCCACGCCCCUUGGUGCCACGGCGUCAGCCAUCCUACUCUGCCAAAGGCACUUCGGCCGUCGGUCCACACCAAAAAACACUCAUCAUUGAUCUUGAUGAGACUUUGAUUCACAGUAUAGUCAAUGGCGGCCGCUUCCAGACUGGUCACAUGGUAGAGGUAAAACUGCAGGCAUCUAUCGGCGCGGACGGACAGGUUAUUGGUCCCCAGGUGCCGCUCUUGUACUACGUCCACAAGCGGCCGUACUGUGACGACUUCUUGAAAAAGGUCAGCAAAUGGUACAACCUGAUCAUAUUUACCGCAUCUGUCCAGGAGUAUGCUGAUCCCGUCAUUGAUUGGCUGGAGGUGGAGCGCAAGUACUUUGCAGGACGAUACUACCGGCAGCACUGCACUGUUCGCAACGGGGCUUACAUCAAGGAUCUUGCCCAGGUCGAGCCAGAUCUGAGCAAGGUUAUGAUACUUGACAACAGCCCCUUGAGCUACGUCUUCCACCCAGAUAAUGCCAUUCCAAUCGAAGGCUGGAUCAGCGACCCAACAGAUCACGACCUGCUGCAUCUCAUCCCACUGCUCGAAGGCUUGCAAUAUGUCACUGACGUGCGAGCAUUGCUUGCGCUCCGGCUCGGCAUGCCUGCGUCCGUAUAAUCAGGUAGCCACAAUUUUGGUGGCAUUCACAGUAUCCCGCCUUCUAAUACUCUUUGUACCAUAGAUCCGUUGACUAGGCCGAGCAGUUGGCUAUGUAGCUUGUUGAGGUGAUACCCAUGAUGUUUAU